AUGACCGAAGUUUCUUCUUCUUCGGUUGUAUCGGUGAUCCCAAGAUCCCCACCGGGACCUCAAGUGUUCACCAGUUUCCGGGGAAAAGAUGUACGCAAAAGCUUCGUCAGCUUUCUUGUCCCUGCCUUGAAAGAUAAAAACAUCAACGUGUUUAUAGACGACCAAGAGGAGAGAGGCAAAUUCCUAAUCAACCUGUUUGAAAGGAUAAGCCAGUCGAAACUCGCGUUGGUUAUCUUUUCUGAAGGAUACACCGACUCAAAAUGGUGUUUGGACGAGCUGGUAAAGAUCAAGGAAUGCAUGGAUCAAAAGAAACUCAUUGUGAUUCCCAUAUUCUACAAGCUUGAUCCCUCCAAAGUGAAAGGUCUUAGAGGAAAAUUCGGCGAUAAGUUCAGGGAUCUUGCAUAUAGAUAUCGACAUGAACCAGAAAGAUGCCAGAAAUGGACGGAAGCUUUAACUUCUGUUUCCCAAACGUUUGCCAUGUCCUUGUCAAAGUACAGUGACAAAUCCGAUCAAGAUUUCAUAAGUUCAAUCGUCAUGGAGGUUAAAAAGGUGCUGCUGAGUAUCUCCAAAGGAAUAAAUGGAGAAAAUGACGACAAUUUCUCGGUCCCAGGAAGGAAACUUACUAUCACUGCGUACGAGGCACCAAAUGAGGAAGCUGUUGAAGUUCCGGUGCUAAACAACAUAAGUGAAAAUUUACAGAUGAGGAAUCAGUUACCGGGGCCAUCGUACGAGUUCAAAUAUUGGGACCUCCAUAGACCAAAUGGUAACGUUUUCAUUAUCAACGCAAGGGAUCUCUCAAUCGAGUGGUCGGAGAAUCCUAAACAUUGGACGUGGCUCCCUCUACCGAACCAAAAUCCAAAUGAAACAGUCGAAGCUGCAUUUUUGAGAAAAGCUAGUUGGCUAGAUGUAGCCGGAACGUUUGACACACGAUAUCUAACACCGUGGACAAAGUACGAGGUGGUAUUUGCGGUGAAGUUGGAAUAUGCCACAUUAGCAUGGGAGAGACCGGUGAAGCUGAAGUUGGUCUUGCACAGUAAUAGGAAGAAAACGUUAGAACGGAGUGUGGACAUGGUAGAUUACAUGAGUAAGCAAUGGGUUGAUAUUCUGGUCGGCGAGUUCACCACAUCGACGAAAAACAUCGGGGAUAUCUCUUUUGCAAUGUAUGAACACGAGUGUCAACUGUGGAAGUCAGGGCUCUUCGUCAAAGGUGUUGUAAUUCGUCCCAAAAGCUGUCAUUUAUAA